AUGUCUGCGACUGCCACUGUAGCCAGUGUGGCCAGUGCUAUCGCCAGCACUGCCGCUUCCGCCUACUUCGAUGACUUUGCCGCCAAUUCUACCACCUCCGGCCAUGGCUCCUUUGCCAAAAGCGCCACAAGCUCGAAAAGUAUUAAGAGAAGAGCCAGGCCCUUCUCCAGAAACUACCAAGUCUGGAUGUGGUGUACGGUGUGCGCCGUGAUUGGCCUCCUCGCUAUCUACUACGCCUUUCAGUUGCUUCAGAGGUGGCGCCGUCAGCGGAAAGCCCCUCUCAGUCAGGAGGAGGCUGCUAGGAAAAGACUCAAGCCUUGGGCGGCCACCGUGGCAGGGGCCAGGAACUGGAUGGUUGCUACUGGUUUUCCUUCCUGGCUGUACGCACCGGAGACAGUCGCCGACGCCCUGUGGACUUGUGCGUAUCUGGUCGUAGCUCUUGCCCUCACCUUCUAUCAAGCCGACACUUGGCCCACUGCCAGGAGUAAGCAGACUGUUGCCAAUGUGUUUGGCAUCAUGGCUUUCGGUCAAAUGCCCCUUAUCAUGUUUCUCGUCAUGAAAAACAAUCCCAUCUCUUUGUUGACCGGUAUUCCAUACCAAAACCUCAAUUAUCUGCAUAGGGCUGGCACUCGCUGCAUCUUCCUCUGGUCUUGGACACACGUCGGAAUCUCCACUAUCAGGAUAAACCUUGGUAGAGACAGCUGGUCUACCACCUACAUCAUCUGGGGCUGGGUCGCCAUUUCCUCCUUCACGCUGUUGUGGCUGUCAUCUUUCGCCAUCAUCCGACGUCGCAUGCACCAAUUCUUCUUUACCUGUCAUAUCAUCUUUGCUCUCCUCUAUAUGGUCAGCGCCUACCUACACUGGGGCCGUAUGGGCAAAUGGAUCUAUAUGUGCUUCAUCAUCUGGGGCUUCGACCGAGCUGCUCGAUGGGUCCGCACCAUCUGGACCAACAGACUGUGGACUGCCGGCCGCGGCGAGUGUACUAUCGAGGUUCUCGAAGGGGAUUGCAUGCGCCUUACUUUCAAGCGGUAUGGUUUCACAUGGAAGGCCGGACAACACAUGUUUGUAUCUGCCCCACGCGUCUCUAUGGGUCCCGUUGAGACUCAUCCCUUCACCAUCGCGAAUGCUCCCAACGACGAACAUGAGGUCGUGGUUCUUCCCCGAGUUUACGGAGGAUUCACCAGUGAUCUUCUCAAGGCCGUCUCCUCUAGCUCUGACAAAACUAUCCGAUGCUACAUCGAUGGUCCCUACGGCUCUCCCCACAGUUUCGCUUCCUACGACCAUGUCUUGAUGGUUUCUGGCGGAACUGGUAUCGCUCCUUUCACCGCCCAGAUGCUCGAGCUCGUCAACGGCAAGAAGCACGCCCGUACCCGGCUCGUCCGCCUCGUUUGGAUUGUUCGAGACGCCUCCGCUAUUUCUUGGGUCUCUCCCAUCCUAAACCAGGCCGCCGAGCUCCUCAAAGCAAACUCCGGGAAUAUCCAGCUUGUAUUCGACGUCUAUGUUACCCGAGGAUCCAUCCCCGUCUUCCGCAAUACCAGCACCGACGGCUUUUCUUUCGCUUCUGGCAGCUCCCAACCAGAGAAGAGGGGACACGAGAGAGAGGCCUUGGGGACAGCCUGUACCGACAACACCUUGGUCGACGGCCACUAUACUGAGAAGAGCGGUCAAACCACGCCUACCAAGAGUGGGAUGUCGACACCUACCGAGGGCGACCACGACGCUAUCGUCCACCUUCCUGCCGCUCCCAAGGAGCUCUCUUCGACCCUUGCCGACGAACCAUCCCAUCACAGUAUCCGAAAACUCUUGUCCCCCGAAGCAAUGAGCUUCGUUCAUUUCCACAAGGGCCGACCCGACUUGAAGACUAUCAUCGAGAAAGAUGUCGGCACAUGUCCUGAGGCUAUGGCGUACGGAGUCUGUGGACCUUUCGGUCUUAUGGAAACAUGUCGAACGGCUCUCAAACAGGCUUCCAACUUUAGUACGGCGCUCAAAGGUCAGACACCCAUUGAUUUCUUCGAAGAGACCUUGGGCCAAUAG